AUGGCAGAAUUAGAUCAAUCGAGAAUCGAAGAUGGAUUCGGUGGCCCUUCUCUUCUUCCUCCUCCUCCUCUUGUCAGCGACUGCACCCUCAGAAUCAUUCGCAGGUCAUCGGAAGUUGAUGCAUCAUGCUUCGGUACCACACGAAGCUACGAAAAAGGUACUCCCAGGAAGGCAUUAGCCAGAGCUGGACGAUGCGGGGAGUCGGACGAUCCCAUCCCAAGCCCCACUACCAUGACAGCGUCUCAAGCCUCGAGGAGGCCUUACGUGCCACCGUCGCCUGCCGGAAAUCGAGUGGUAAUUUACGAAGCACCCCCUCAAGCGCCGCCCCCGCUCGUAGCGUAGACGAGCAGCGAAUGCCGAGUCUCUUAUUUAUGUUCGUCUGUUAGUGUCUCCUAUACCAAAGCCAAUAAUAGCUUUACAUAAAGCAACGUUUGGAUGCAUAUGAUUACUCCGACCACACACAGCUAAUUAGACUUCGAUCCAAGAGAUGGGAGAAAGGUAGGAGACGACAUGGAGGAGAGCUGAAACAGAAAGGAAACCAGAAGGAACUCUGCUGGGUUUGGCCAUAAAACUUGAUUCCUGCUCAAUAAAUUGUGCUUACAAUUACA